AUGUCGCGCGCGUUCCUAAUAGCCUGGCUCGCCUCCGCGUGCGCGAUCGCGGUGCACGUUUUUGGCACCGUCGUCGAUCGCGAUGGAUCGAGCGCGGCGCCGAUCGCAUCUGCUCGGUGCGCCGCCUGCGCGUCAGUGGCGCUGGAGACGUGGAGGUUCGCGCGCGACCCGUUCUUUCGCGCAGAGAUCGCUGACGAGGAAGCACUGAGUGAGCACGCGUUGAAGCGCGCGUGCGGGACGGAGCGUCUGCGGCGACUAGAGCGCAGACACACCGCGAUCGGUUCGGCGUAUUACGUCCUCGGAGACGUUCCGAGCGGUGAUAGGGGUGAUAUCGACGCCGCGCUCGCGACGGCGUGUCGUCGGUUGCGAAGAAAACCGGAGGUCGCGCGGCGCGCGACGCGCGCGGAAGCCAGAGACGAGCUGGACGCCGUGAAUCUCGCGUGCGCGAGCGCCGAGUUCGGUUGCCCGCGCGGGAUCGAUCCGGAACGUCCGCCCGCGUUGGAUAUUCGCGAGCUCGCGACGAGUCCGCGGGCGUUGAUGCGGGCAGCGCCGUAUUUCAUCGUCGCCGUCGCCGCGCCGUUUCUGCUCUUACCAUCCAUCUUCCCUCCGACGCCGCCAGAGCCGGCGACGGCGACCGCGCCGAAAUCCUGA